CAAAGGCAAUCAUGGCGGAGGAGGAGAAGGGGGUAGGAGCCGCGGUGUCGGAAAGCAAAUCUCCGCCUCCGCUGCUCAUCAGGUCGUCGAGUGUCAGCCUUUUCAGCGACUGCGUCCAGCAAGGGGUCCAACAGCUGCUGCCGCUCAAGUUCGAUAAGAACAUUAAGCAGGCGUUUUACAACACGGGCGCGCUGAUAUUUGUGGCCAUCUCCUGCGGUGCUGCCGUGCUCGUUUACUUCAUCCUGGAGGCGUUCCUGCGGCCCCUACUCUGGGCCGUGCUCUGUGGCACCUUCCUGCACCCUUUCAAGACCACCCUUACUAACCUGGUGAGGAGAUGGCUAGGCGGCCUCCAGAACUCGGGCACGCCCAUUGUUUUGGCUACUCUCAUGUUGCCCAUCUCGUUCAUCAAUCGUGGGGUGGAGAUGUUGGGUAACCAGGUGCUGCUGAAGCGUAAACUGCUGUUGGCGUUAGCCAUGGGCGCGCCCAUCCUCUACCUCCUGUACUGCUUCAGCACCUGGGUGGGACUGCAGCUGCUACUCACCAACACCGGGCAGCUUAUCUCCUUAGCGCUCGAAUAUUUAAACGCCUUGUGGGUAUGGACACUUAUUGUUGGGUAUGUGUUGGCAGUUUCAUUUAAGUGGAAUACAAAAACUGAGCGUUUUCUUAAAACGAUCUCUGUUCCAGUUUGGACAGUGCUUCUCUUUUAUUUAGCAUCAGUUGCUGGCUCUUGGCGUAUUCCAGUUUUUGUAGUGAUUGUCAUCCUACUGGUUAUGGGAGCAAUUCAGGAAGAGAGAGGAAGUGACGCAGGUUUGGAGCUGUCUGAUCAAAUGAUUCAAAUUGUUGUACGUGCCAUUAAUAUGGCAGUAUCCAUGACAGGAUUCAGCCGUCCUCAAGAGGAUCGUUUAUCAAAAGAAUUAUCAGGAUCAGUUGAAACGAGAGACUUCAGUUCUUCCUCCUCCUCCUCAUCUUCCUCCUCGUACACUCCAUUAGGAAUACCAAGACCUCAAAUAGUAUCGUUUAUGAAGAAGAAGAAAACGAGUGACAUCUAUUUUGUGAUGCUUGUCUGGGCCAUCGCUGUUGUACAGAUCUGGCUGAACCUUUGGAUUCUCGAGUUGCUCCCAGUGCCAGUGGCUGUUUGGGGGCUUAAGAAAUUGGUCCUACGUUUUGGAUUAAUGAACUUUGCAGAGAGACAUAUUAGUAACUACUGGAAGAUUCUGUCAACCUUUGUUAAAGAAAGACAGGAUGCCCUGGCUCCGAGGCCAAUUAGAGGACUUGGAAGAAUCAUUGUAAAGGCUGACAGCAAGCUGUGGCAUUGGCUUAAUAAGCAGAUUAUUUUUUGUCUGGAGAAAUCACUGGAUAAACUGAUCAGUAUUUUCAUCAUCUUUUUGUUGGUUAUGGGUACGUUACUCCUGGCUCUGCUCCUUACUGCAAAGGUUCAUGAGGAAAGUGUCCACAUGAUCAAAGUCACUAGCAGCCUGAUUAAUGAGACUGUUGCUAACCAUCCUGAAUGGGCAAACUGGCUUCCUGAGGCCCAGGUAAUCCAGAAGGCAUUAAAUUCUGCUGCCAACAAUGUAUACCAGUAUGGAAGAGAGUGGAUAACCCACAAGCUACAUAAGAUGUUAGGAGACAAGAUGAACAACACAGCAGUUAUUGAGAAGCAAGUACUGGAGCUGUGGGACAGAUUGUAUCAUAAUUGGUUUGUGAAGAAUGUAACUCAUUCUGGAAGAAAUAAAGGUCACAAAUUGACUAUUAAUCGUCAAAAUAGUUGGCUCGGAGACAUCUUAGACUGGCAGGAUGUUGCCUCCUUCAUUCACGAGAACAUUGAGACUUUCCUUUCUAUAUUGGAGUCUCUCUGGAUUGUGAUGAGCCGAAAUGUGAGUUUGCUGUUCACGACUGCAACCACCUUACUGACAGUUCUGUUUCAUAGUGGUACAGCACUUCUCAACUUUGUUCUUUCAUUGGUCAUUUUCUUGACCACACUCUUCUAUCUCUUAAGUUCCAAUGACGAAUACUACAAACCCGUGAAAUGGGUUAUUAGUCUAACACCACUUUCCCAGCCAGGCCCAUCCUCCAACAUCGUGGGUCAGUCUGUUGAAGAAGCUAUACGGGGUGUAUUUGAUGCUUCCCUCAAGAUGGCUGCUUUCUAUGGGCUUUACACAUGGUUGACUCACACUAUAUUUGGAAUCAAUAUUGUCUUCAUUCCUUCAGCUCUAGCAGCCACCCUUGGAGCAGUCCCAUUUCUGGGAACUUAUUGGGCUGCUAUGCCAGCAGUGAUAGACCUCUGGUUGACACAAGGAGAGAACUUCAUGGCCAUCCUCCUCCUAGUUUGCCAUCUGCUACCAACCUACUUUGUGGAUACAGCUAUUUAUUCUGAUAUUUCUGGCUGGUGUAUAGAGAAGACCUGCCAGCAUGGAAACCACACUAUGCCUCUGGGUACACCCAGUCUGCAAGCAUAUGCACCUUUUCCUAUUAUAUGGGGCGGUCACCCGUAUCUCACUGGUUUGGCAGUAGCUGGAGGAGCUUAUUACCUUGGACUAGAAGGUGCGAUCAUUGGACCCAUCUUAUUAUGCAUCCUAGUGGUUGCCUCCAACAUAUACAGUGCUAUGUUGAUGAGUCCUUCAACAGCAUUGCCAACUCCUUUGCAGACUCCUUGGCCUUUGCAAAUACAUCGACCUGGAGAUAGUCCUGAGGAAGCAAAACCCGGUACUGAGUGACCGAAUGUGUUUCCAUAUUAGUCAGAGCAUGUUGGCUCAUCUAUCUGCUGCUUCCUGCACUGAAUUUCACAGUUGUGGCCUUCCUGUGCACUCCAAAGAUGAAUGUUGCAUUAGCAAUGCUAUGUAGGAAAAUAACUUCUCACCCAUGCUUGGGUGGGCAUAAGGAAUGUGCUUCAUCACACUACUUUGCAUAUUAAUGUAACACCCAAGGAUACAGCCCUGCAUUUGAGAGAUAGAAGGUUUGUAACAACUGGAACUAAGUUCAAUUAUAAAUGAUCAACAGUUGCAGUUCAGUACCACACUUGACACCAAGGAAGUUUGAAAUGGUGUUUUCUUUUAUCAUUUAUCAUAUGUUCUAAGGGCAUGUUUCACACUACUUUCAUUCUUGUGAGCUGAUUUGAAAUCAGAAUAUUGUGCAGGUUACACAAAUUAACAAUUUGUAUGGCUUUGUUUACUCUGGUUUUAAUGCUCUGGCACUGUAAGAGUUUAGUGUAUUUUCAGAUGAUCCAUUUGGGUCUUGAAUAUUACACAUCUAAACUGUCCUUAACAUUCACCCACCCCAUGAAAAUAACUCAAACCAGAAAUUUCCACAUUGGAAAAAGCACAUCUGAGAUGGAAGUAUAAGACUCAUGUAAUGGAACAAGUACACCAUUUAAGCAUGAAAUAUACAAAAUAAUUUUCUGUUUUUUGGGGGUUAUUUUAGUUUUCUCCUCUUGCUAUUCCCUCCUGGGCCACAAACUCCUGUCAUGGUGAGGUUGGUAUAGGUGCCUUACUCUCAAACUCCUGCUGAUGCUGUUCUUGACUGGCUGGCAGAAAAUCAAGAUGACCCACUUAGUGAAAACCCCUGAACAUGAUGUGCCACCAUUUUCAAUUUUAUCCAAGGUGACUUAUUAUCUGCUUGGAAAAACUAGUUAUCUGCAAUUCAGUAUAGGUAUAAACUUAUAAUUUCUAACAUUACACAAUUUUGCGUCAAAGACAAGCCUUAUGACUCAACUAUAUAACUACUGCUAUGUAUGCUAAUUGAAUGCUGUUACAAUUAUAUAGCAUAUAGAGUCUGCUUUCUUGCUGCUUUGGCAGAACAAGAAGUUCAUCUAGAUGACUACAAUGGAUAGGACUCUCCCCAAGAGAAUUUUCAAAGUGGGACUGUGCAUUUAAUAGGGUAGUUGUAGUUUUUGUGUUCAAAGCAAAGAAUUUAGGGCAAUGGGAGUACCAUAAAGUGAACUCACAAAUAAAUGAAGAUAGUCAUUAGAAACUGAGAGGUUAGAAAUUCCAGAAGACUUCCACCUCCAAAAGUGUGUUCGGAUGGGGUUUCUACCCACCUGCUUGCUCUAUCCCAAAUUCCAGGAAGGCCUAUCUGAACAAUAGGGACAGCUAGGACGCUCACCCUGUAGAGCCAGUGGGAUCUCAGCAUGUUGUCCUUGCUGCUCAGUUGAUUCAGGUUAGUGUGGAAACAGAAUCUUGCAUUAAUUCGCACAGACAGCAAUCAAUCUAUCUCAGAUCAACAGCCAUUUGGAUAUGACACUAUGGGACCCACACAAAGCAUUUGUAUAACAAGUAUGCCUGCUUCAUAGAUCAGUACUACUUCCUGGAUGCUAGGCAGAACUGACAGGCUUUCUAGGCAAGCCCAGCAUUCCACCAGUGACAUUACAAUGAUGGAGGGAGAGGGGUAGGGUGUGACAGAAUAACCAACUGGUACCCUCCCCACUUGGAAUUUCUCAAAGGCCAAAAAGGAGAGAAAGCCUGGUAGAAAUCGGUUCUGCCUGAACUUCCUCUCCCCAUUAGCUCACUGACAAUUCAUGCAGGAGCAGUGCCAAAUUUCUGGGUACAUAUCCUUGAAUUAAUUAUAUGUAAGAGCUGUUGUACUGUAUAUUUUUACAUCCCACAUAUUUGAUUAGCUAUUAAAAAUAUAUUAAAUUGAAGCCUAAGAUCAUCGCAGCAAUCUAAGAAUUAGCUACUAUGUUUUGAAUCAGCCUUAUUUUUAAAACAUAUUAAGCUUUAUGGAAAUAUAAAUAUUUCAAUCAAUGCUUAGUACAUUAGCUUUGAUCCUUUUGUAAAAGGAUAGUUUCCUUGAAUUUGGCAUAGAACCAACAAACACACUCUAGUCCACAAAGAAAAUGAUGUGAUUAUAGGUGUGUAAAUGCUAAUUUCUUUUCAUCACAAUUCCAGUACUUCAAUAGAGGCAGAGAUUGCAAACUGUGUGCGGAAGAAAGAAAGCUUCAUUUUCAAAGGAUUGAAAAGUAUGCAAUUUAACGAUCUCUUGCAAGGGUGAGGGAAAAAUCAAAUAGAAAUAAACGCAUUAGUGACUUUCAUUUGCUUUUGUUUACAAAUGCUGAUAGUUGAAUACAUAGUCAUUUUGUGCAAUAUUUCACUGAAUGCAAAGCAAUGCUUAUUUGAUUUCUUCCUCAUAUGGUUUUUAAUCUUGAGGGAAUAUAAGUAGAAAACAUGUUUUAAAUAGUUUUAAUGAGAUGGGCAGAUUAUGAUGUGAUUAAAUCUAACGUAAAAAACAUUGCCUUUUCACAGGAAAUUUAGUGAUCACUUAGCACUGGUAAAAUAGUUUCGUUCAUUGAUACAUAAGACUAUAUUUUUGGAUGGGGGAAGAGAGAAAUCAUAUUUGUGCUUAUAUUUUUAAAACUAUUAGAGCAUGUGAGGCAUGAAUAUUUAUUUUAGACAUUUGUUAGAUUUUUUUGUUUUUUUUUGCUUCUACAAACCUGCUGCUUAAAGUCAUGUUUGUUAAUUUUACUCAAACUUAUUUAGGCCAAGCUACUCCAGCUUCUUUUAGCAAUAUGUUAUGUAAAUUUGGAUUAUUGAGACUUCCACUAAAUUUCUAAAGUGGUAGUAUAGUAAUGCUGUUUAAUUGCAAUCAAAGUAAAAGAUACUCAUUUAUAUGGUAAUUUUCUCAGCCACCACUUGAUUCCAACUUCAAUGGAUUUCACUAUGUGUGGAGUCUCACAAAAUGGUGAUUUAAGUUACAGCAACAUAUUCUGAUGUAAUAAGUUUCAGCUGUAUCUCCUGUUGAUUGAGUUGCUCUAUCUUUUACUCUAAUUCCCAGUGUUCAGGCAGGUUCCCUUUGGCACAUUGAAAGCAACUGCAUCCUGAAUAAAAUAUAGGAACUGUAGUACCUGAUGGAUCCUGAUCAAAGAAUUCCAAGUGUGUGUAAAAUAACAAACUUUGACAGUAUACUGAUAUUUUAUUUUUGCUUGUAAAGUUAACAUUUGGUCCAAAGCUGUGAAUGUGUUGUAAAAUUUUGGAUAUGAGAAAUUAGCAUUAUUUCCACAUAUUGUUUUUAUUGUAAAAUAAACUUAUUAAAUGGAAAAAA